GGGUACACUCUCACUGCUGCACAGCUCUGCUGUUAGUGUGCACAAGAACUAGAAGAAACCUCCUCAAAGGAUUACAAUCAGGAAACAAUUUCCUAGAGGUAUCGUUUUUAUAAAUUGGAUUAAGAAAGACAUCUGGAACCCUAGAGAUGUGUGGGUGGGGAGCGGUCAUGAAUGGAUGAUUAAGCACUCAAGGAUGACUGGAUAAAAGCUUCCAGCAAUGGUUGCUCCACAGCAGAUCAUUCUCAGGAGGUAUUUAUUUGAACGUUGACUCACUGCAGGUGUGAACUUUAUUUCCUUGUGUGGCCAUGGAGGAUUGGGAGCAAACCUGAUGACACAGUUCUCCAAUUUCACUCCAAUCUCCGGGGUACCUGCUCAUCACUGAAAUUGCUUUCCAUCCUCCAAGUUAACUACUUCAAAGCGAAGACCAGUCUUCCACAGGGGCUAGUUUGUCUGUAUUCAAAACACAUUGAAAAAGCUUGUAAUUAUGCCCUCACUCUCAUUAUCUCUGUUUCUUCUGGUGCACGACUGAGAGGUGAGAGAGAAGUGGAUCAGUGGGGUGAGGAGUUUUUCCUUUUUUUUCCUUCAAGAUUAGAGAAGGUAGAAGAGGGAGAGGAAGGCUAAAGGGGGAGGGAGAGAUAAACAGAGGCAGUUUAGGACGGUAAACACGUCCCGUCCAGAGCCAGCUGUCCUCUAAACACAUCAGGCAUAAAUCAGCAUCUGUCUGAAACCAGGGGACAAACUGGAGUGAGUAGGAAACACUGUGGUUGUCAGUCUGGACACACUGGAGGGAAGAUAAACUGAAUAAAGGCAAGAAGAAAAGCUGACCAUUUGUGAGGUCAUAUUUUUUUUAUUUGUCAGCAGAGAAGAAGAAACACCAGCAGUCUCCCACAGCUUCUCUUGUCUUUGCAGCAAAAUGAAACAGCCGCACAUGAGCAAAAGCAGCAGCAGCGUCCUACAGAGCAGAUCCAGUUCCAGGCCCCGCCAGCCUCUCCUCCACCCGAGGACCCUGCUCCUGCUGCUCCUGCUCGGUCUGUCCCUGUGGAGCCAGCAGGCCGAGGGCCUGGUCCAUUCCAGCUUCAGACGGCUCAGCGGCCGCGAGAAGAAAGAGAUGCAGAAAGAGAUCUUGUCCAUCUUGGGUCUGCCGGGGCGACCCAGACCCCACCCGCCGCUACGACCGCCCUCCUCUGCACCACUUUUCAUGCUGGACCUGUACCACGCCAUGUCGGCUGAUGGGGAGGAUGAAGGGAAUGAAAUCAUUUUAAACGGACCCGGGAUGGGGAGGUUUGGAGGGGCAGAAAGGUUGGCUCAGGUCAGCCAUGCAGUCCUGCCCACCCUCAGCACCCACACACCACCUCUGGGCACGGUGGUCAGCGAGGCCGACACCGUGAUGAGCUUCGUCAACCUGGUGGAGCAGGAGCGUGACCUCUUGCAGCCUCGUCCGUACUGGAAGGAGUUUCGUUUCGAUCUGACACCCCUCCCUCAGGGUGAGACGGUGACGGCAGCAGAGUUUCGCAUCUAUAAGACCCUGACGAUGGGCCAGAGGGCCAACCGGACGCUGCAUAUCUCCGUCUACGAGAUCCAGCGAGAGACCAGACACAGAGAGCCAGAGCUGGUGCUGCUGGACAUGCAGUCGGUGCCUGCAGGACAGGAGGGCUGGCUGGCCUUCGACGUCACCUCGGCCUCCAAUCACUGGCUCCUCCACCCUCGCAGCAACCUGGGCAUACGUCUCUAUGUGGAGACAGAAGAGGACCGCUCCCUGUCUGCAGGCUGGAUUGGGCUGGUCGGACGCAGGGGCCCUCGCUCCAAACAGCCCUUCAUGGUGACCUUCUUCAGGGAGAGUCAGGUCCCGUGUCGGCCGCCACGAGCUGUCAAGCCACAUCCCCGCAAGAAGAAACCCAAAUACGACCUCCCAGUCCCCAGCAUCCAUAAUCUGAGUCCUGCUAACAACGGAGGUCAGCCCUGUAAAAAACAUGAACUCUACGUCAGCUUCAGUGACCUGGGAUGGAAGGACUGGGUUUUGGCCCCCACUGGAUAUUCAGCUUACUACUGUGAUGGAGAGUGUUUUUAUCCUCUGGGCGCCUGCAUGAACGCCACUAACCACGCCCUCAUCCAGCAAGUGGUCCACCUCUUGAAGCCUGACAAGGUUCCUAAGGCGUGUUGCGCCCCCACCAAGCUGAGCCCCAUCUCUGUCCUCUUUUAUGACGACAACAACAACGUCAUCUUGAAAAAACACCGGAACAUGGUGGUUAAGACUUGUGGGUGUCUAUGAAUCAGAAAGGUUCCACUUGGACAUUGAAGAGUAACAAAAAUAAAAAAAGUACUGUAUAUGAUUGCCCCCCCCCAUAUGAACUCUGCAGAAGCCUUUGUCAUUGGUAAACAGGUUGGAUGACAAAGAUACCACAAAUCUAAUUUAUCAGCUUUGUGAUUACGUUUUGGAAUUACGAUUUAGGAUCAUGAAUUUAAUCAUCUUCCAAACUCACAGAGCCAAAGUUGACUGAUUUCAAAUUAGCACUUUUAUCAUUUUCCUUUCAUAUCACCGCAUUGUGUUUGGUAUUUGUUUGUCCAAAAUGUCAGCUGGGCCUUUGCACUAAAUAGCUGAAGUACUUAUUUGCCAACUUUUCCUCCAAACUGGGAAUGCUGGGACCUUUUUAUGCCUUUUUUUAAACAGAGAAUUACUUUAGAUUUAAUCUUCAUGGACAAAUGGCAAAUUGGCUGACAGAACAUGCCAUUAGUAACACCUGUUUUUUGUAACAAGAAAUAAAUAAAAUCACAGCACUAUUAUUGUUGCAACACAGUCUAUAUGUAAAGAGAAAAUGUAAAAUUGUGUUGAAUUAAUAAAGAAAUAUUCAUAUUC